UUACGAAUGUAACUAGGUCGUAGUAGCCUUUUCUUAAGAAAAUGUUAGCACGGUUAUUACAUUAUGUCAAAUGAAACAAAAUGUUAACGGUUACUGUUAAUUAUGGAGCAUUGCUUAAGAGUCCAUUUCGUAUAGGUAGUAAAAUUUCUUGAAAUGCCGCCAAAAGAGUUCACGCGGCGCUCUAAAAAUAACGUGCAGAUGGUUCAGUUUCGUGCCAUCGCAGCUACACAUAGUUCACAAAACUAACAUCUUUUUUUAUUUCAAAUUUUAAAUAAAUGAGUGCUGACGCAGCGUCUUUACCGUGUCCAAUAUGUUUACAUACCGGUGUUUUCAACUCUGCUCAAGCGUUAAAAGAUAGAUUGAUUUACGUCUCCACCAACAAUAUAAUGUGUCCAAUAUGUCAGGAGUCGUUGUCGGGACUGGAUAAGUUAACUAUACAUCUCUUCAGUCACGUUUCAUUUUUAUCAUCACAAGGAUCGUUGGAAAAUGGUGAAAAGACGGAAACAAAAUCUGAAGCAAAACAGGGAAAUCAAAUACCUCCUACCUCGCUAAAGAAAACAAGAACGGCGCCGUCUAAAAAUAAAGCACUGGCAUCUCCGGCGCCAGUAAAGUUUGUUAAAAUAUAUCCAAAAUUACCAGUGAUUGCUUUGAAUACCGUUCCUCUUAUAGAUAUACAGAGUGGUGUGGAUGGAUGUAUUCAGAAUAAUAACCCGAUGUACAUACCACCUGUGAAAGCUGAAACAGCUACUGUGAAAACCGAUCAUAAAUGUAAUGUAUGUGGCUUACGGUUUAUUGAUUCCAACAUUUUAAAAAUGCACAAAUGCUUAUUGCACAAUUUGGAUGACAAAUCUGAUAACACCUUCUCAAGCUAUAAUUGUCAUUUAUGUCCAAAAACUUUUAAAAUGAGAGGUUCACUUAUGGUACACUUAAGAGUAGCCCACUACGGAUUUCCUUCCCAAUCAGCUACAACAAAAAAAUUAAAAGAAAAAAUUGGAAAAGGUGAAAUAGAAUGUAAACCUACUACACUAGAUAGGAGUGAUGGGAAACAAUGGCAGUGCGAUGUUUGCCGUAAAAGCUUUACGACAAAAUACUUUUUAAAGAAGCACAAACGACUUCAUACAGGAGAAACGCCGUACGCGUGUACACAAUGCAACAAAACUUUUACCUUUCAACAAUCUUACCACAAACAUCUCCUUUAUCACAAUGAUGAAAAACCUCAUGUAUGUAAUUACUGCAAUCGAGCUUUCAAAGAAUUAUCAACUCUACAUAAUCAUCAACGUAUACAUACGGGAGAAAAGCCGUUUUCCUGUGAAACAUGUGGGAAAUGCUUUCGACAACGUGUUUCUUAUUUAGUGCAUCGCAGAAUACACACAGGUGCCAUGCCUUAUAAAUGUACAGCUUGCAAAAAAAGUUUUAGAUACAAAGUCUCCCAAAGAACACAUAAGUGUCAAGCACAACCGCCUGGUACUGUCGUUCGACAGUCUGGUGAUCUAGUAGAAAAACUUAAAAAGAAGUACGUAAACGACCCAGUGUCUAAGACGUCCAAUGAAGGGAAUUGCAAUAACUUAAAUUACAUUGAAAUAUCUGAAGCUAACGCGGAAUUAGUUCGUACUGGAGCAAAACUAUCUUUAGAAGACAUUGAAUCCGAUGGUUUUUCAAUAAUAGCAGAAGCUUUUACUGAAACUAACCGAGGCUGUGACGUAAUGUCAGAUCCUGAUUACUCUACACGUCGUAAUGAUAGUAACGCUACGGAAUACAAUAACUACGAAAUGUUCGGUGAUGAUCUUGAAGAUUUGAUUGAUUCUGUACCAAUUAAUGAUAAAAAUAUUCCAUCACCAUCAGAUAUUUUAAAAAACUUGUGUUUGACUAAUGACGAUGACUAUAUACAAUGAAAAUUAAAACGUUUUGCGUCAUAAAUCAUAUAACCAAUCCCAGAAAAUAUCAUAAUUUUUUCAAGCGGUUUAGUAGAUUUCACAUACCUUGACGGCACUUAACUUCGCGCGAGUCGCAGUGCAGAACACAAUUUUAGGUGUAGCAAGAUGGGAGUGGGAGGCACUGUGCAGCGCGCCAGUGAUUUUGAGCCGCCAAGAUAUGUGAAUAGAACUAUAGAGGCUCAAAGCGACAGCAUUUUUGUAAGUUGGCUAAAAAUUGCUAUGUAUGUAUUCAUCAUA